GCGUCAUCACCGCCAACCCUUUAAACGUCGAACACAUCCUCAAAACCAACUUCGAUAACUACCCAAAAGGCAUUCGAUUCAUAACCCUCUUACAAGACUUCCUCGGCCAAGGCAUCUUCAACUCCGACGCCCAUCUCUGGAAAGUCCAGCGCAAAACCGCAAGUUAUGAAUUCAACACGAAGUCUCUCCGAAAUUUCGUGUUGGAAAACGUAACGGUGGAGACCCAAACCCGAUUGGUUCCGAUUUUUCAGAAAUCAGCCAAAACCAACCGGGUUUUGGAUCUCCAAGACGUUUUGGAACGGUUCGCUUUCGAUAAUAUUUGUAAAUUAGCUUUUAACGUUGAUCCGGGGUGUCUCGGCGGCGAUGGAACCGCUGGCGGGGAGUUCAUGACGGCGUUUGAAGAGGCGGCGACGCUUAGCUCCGGGAGGUUUAUGUAUGCUUUACCAAAUUUAUACAAAAUCAAGAAGUUUUUCAACAUGGGUUCGGAGAAAAAGUUGAUGGAUUCAAUUGGGGUAGUUCAUGAAUUCGCAGAUAAGAUCAUAAAAUCGAGAAUGGAAGAGAGAGCCGAGAAGCGAGACGAGGAUUUACUGUCACGAUUCAUCGGAACAGACGAUAACUCGGCCGAGUUUCUCCGAGAUAUCGUCAUAAGCUUCAUCCUCGCCGGCCGCGAUACGACGUCGUCGGCUCUCACUUGGUUCUUCUGGUUACUCUCCUCUAGACUCGAGAUCCAAAAAAAGAUUCUCCAAGAGCUCGAAACGGUAAGAACCCGAAACGCGAAACGUACCGGCGAAACGUACAGUUUCGACGAGUUACGCGAAAUGGGAUAUCUACACGCGGCGAUUUCCGAAGCUAUGAGACUGUACCCUCCAGUUCCUGUAGACACUAAGGCGUGCAAAGACGACGACGUUUUACCAGACGGUACGAUUGUGAAGAAGGAUUGGUUUGUGACCUAUCACACAUAUGCAAUGGGGAGGAUGGAGAGUAUAUGGGGGAGUGACUGUAGGGAAUUUAAACCGGAGAGGUGGAUUGAGAACGGUACGGUAAAACAGGAGAGUCCGUUCCGGUAUCCGGUAUUUCAUGCGGGUCCGAGAAUGUGUCUCGGGAAGGAGUUGGCGUAUAUUCAGAUGAAGUCGAUUGCAGCAUCCGUGAUGGAGAGGUUCGAGAUUGACGUUCUAAAUAAGGACAAGUGUCCUGAGCAUUUGUUAUCUUUGACUUUGAGGAUGAAGGGUGGUUUACCUGUGAAAGUGAAGGAAAGAUAUGUGGAAGCUUAGUAAUUGAUUUUUAAUGAUUAUAUAAUAUUUUUGGUUUGUUUAUAAUAUUGUGGCCUAUCUAUUGGAAUGGU